AUGACAACCUGCGCGCAAUGCGACAAACCGCUCAUAGUGGAGAUCACUCCCGACUCAGACUCCGAAGGUGAAGCACCGGAACUUGACAACUCACCCGACACCAUCCCUGACGACGUAACGCUUUCCUGUGGAUGCCAUUUCCACUGGGAAUGCCUCCUGGAUUCCUACGAGCUGGAGAAGUGUCCCAAUUGCUCCCGCUCCAUCGUCUCUUCCCCGGCCACAGGCUCUUCAGCUUCGGCGUCAGCGCAACAAGCCAUCAUCGUCGACCUGAACAACGAAGGCGGCCUGCAGCAACAGAUCGACAUCUUCCCGAUUCUCAAAGAGGAGUCGUACCUCCGCGCCUAUCCCGAGGAGCGUAAAUGUCGAGCUUUCCUGGAGUUCGCGCGAGAAGGCGACUACAAAGCCAUCGCCGAGCUGCUAAAUUCCUGCGACGAACAGCGGUUCGACGAGCAGUUCGAUGAGUCCGAGAUGACCGACGCUCCUUCUGCUGGUGGCGAGAACAAGACCCCACAUGAGAUUCUGCGGUAUCAGGACCCGAUUGGUGAUAUGUCUUCUGGAUUGCACGCGGCGGUGGCGAACGGACAUCGCGAAGUGGCGUGGUUGCUGCUGCUGCUGGCGAGUAGUUUCCCUGAGCUCGAGAUUCCUGCGGAGGUGUACCAGGAGGCUGCUGUGCUGGGUGUCAUGCGGACGGAGCAGGAUGGAAAGGUGGAUAUUCGAAGCUUGAAAGACUCUCACGGCCGUACGGCGGAAGAUGUCGCGAGGGAGGCGGGCGCGAUUUGGACGGGGUGGAUUGGGAAUGGCAGACUGGCUAUGCCCUGA